UGCAGGUAGUACUAUGAAUACCUUUUUUGGUAGAAUAUCUGUUAAAAAGAAUGAUAGAAAAUAUCAAAGCAUUAAGUAUUACCAGUUUACAGAUCCUGAAUUAAUUAAUCAAGAGCAUUAUAAUAUUAAUUUUGAUUCUAAGUCUUUUCAAAAAUAUAAUCAACAAGAUGAUAAUAAUA